UGCAGCUCUCUCUCUCCUUGCUUCUCGUUUUGCUGCACGCGCCUGAUCAGCUGAUGCGUCACGUGGUUCGCUCUCUGCAAAAUGGAGUUGUCUGAGUCUGUGCAGAGAGGACUGCAGUCUCUGGGCGACCAGACGGUUCUGGACCGGUGCAGCUUCCCGGUUGUGGUGGACGCGUGUUUUAGGAGUCUGCUGUUCUCGCGCGGAGAUCCCGCGGUGCUCGAUCUGCCUGAACUGAAGCACCUGGACAAAAUCCUGUUGAAGCAGAUCCACGCCGCCGCCACCACCUUCAUCCUGGAAGCAGUCAAACACAACGCGGACAAAUCCACCAUAAGCUUCAGCCUGGAGGAGCUCACAUUCAACACAGAAAGAGUAGAAACAUUCUAUACCACGUUUCAGAAACACAAGAAGGACUUGGAGCUUAUUUUAUCCAGCAUAGGCAGAGGUCCAGCUCACAUUAAAGACGUCUCAUGGCGCCUGCAGUAUCAGAUGAAGAACGGACAGCUGGACAAGGUCAACGAGCCCUUCUACUUGAUAUCAUUGAGCACUGAGACUGGAGGAGCUUCUGAAGAUGUCGAUUUUAGCUGCACAGCAGAGCAGCUGCAGGAUUUAGUUGGAAAGCUGAAGGAUGCUGCCAAGAGCGUGGAGAAAGCCAGCCAGGUGUCGGUGGAUGCGGGGCUUUCAGAGGUGGCUGCGGCGAUCACCGACGUGGAGCUCCGACCGUGUCUGCGCACCACUUUCUUUUUCUGCAAAACAUCUUCCACUCACGGCUACGAUCAAUUAUUUGUUCAUUCCCCCAACAUGCACCGCACGACCAGGAUAAAGAUCACUGAGCUCAAUCCUCACCUCAUCUGCGUCCUCUGCGGAGGAUACUUCAUAGAUGCAACCACCAUCAUUGAAUGCCUCCACUCAUUUUGCAAAAUGUGCAUCGUGCGCUACCUGGAAACCAGCAAAUACUGUCCCAUCUGUGACGUGCAAGUGCAUAAAACCAAGCCUCUGCUCAACAUUAGAUCGGACAAAACUUUACAGGACAUUGUGUACAAACUGGUGCCAGGACUCUUUAAAAAUGAAAUGAAGAGGAGGAGAGAUUUCUAUGCGGAGCACCCCGUGGAUGCCUCGAAUGGGUCACAUGAAGAUCGGGGGGAGGUGGCAGAUGAAGACAAGAGAAUAAUAACAGAUGAUGAAAUCAUCAGCCUCUCUAUUGAGUUCUUUGAUCAGAGCAGAUGUGCAGGAGGUGGAGCUGAUGACAAGCAGUGCAGGGAUCAGGUGACUAACAGAAGGUACCUGCAGUGUCCAGCAGCGAUGACAGUUAUGCAUCUGAGGAAGUUUUUGCGCAGUAAAAUGGACAUCCCAAACACCUACCAGGUUGAAGUCAUGUAUGAAGACGAGCCUCUUAAGGAUUAUUACACAUUAAUGGAUAUAGCGUAUAUCUACACGUGGAGAAGGAACGGCCCGCUUCCCCUCAAGUACCGAGUCCGACCCAACUGUAAGAAGAUGAAGGUGAAGCACGCUCAGCAGGACGGCCAGAACAGCAUCAACAGAUCCGCCGCGGAGAGCGACUCCGCCAGCGACAAAGCCGGGAGUCCGGUCGGGGCUCCGUCCACGUCUUCGUCGCUGCCGAGCCCCGGUACGCCUGCGCAGUCGCCGCACCCCGCUCACGUUCCCAACAACGUGAACGGGAACGCCGCUGCCGCCGCACCUCACACCCCGACCCGGCCCUUCGCACAGUACGGCGGAGGCGGCAGCGGCGGCAAACCGAGGAAGGUUUCCCUGAUCGGCUCGUCGACUUCCUCCGGAUGACGGGAGGCUCUGGACCGAACCCCGAACGCCAUUUGCCGCUCAGCUAACCCUGUUUCCAUGCCCAUGUAGUUCCGUUGUGUAGACGACGCUUUCUCUCUUUCUCGCUCCAUUCGUUGUUUUUAAAUAUUACGUCAUCGCGUGUACGUCUAAAACUAGUGGAUUGGACGGCAUUUCAAAAUAAAAGCACUGACCUGUGUUUUUAAAAUGAAAGAAAAAGAGAAGGAACAGAGAUUUUGGGGAGAAGAAAGACACAAGUGUCCUGUUGAAUAAAAGCUACGUCUUUAUUUACAAAAGUGACUGAAGGUGUCCUGUUUUGCGUCUUUCUAAUAAUGAAACGUGUUUCUCAUGAUUAUGUUUUUCAUGUGCUUUGGGAUAUUUUGAAGUUCAUUUGAACAUGCAUGCUCCAUGGUGACACUUCUGAAUGAGCGGGUUGCGCCACACAGUUUUUUCUUUGCAGUCUUUUUUUAAAGAGCUGCGGCCCGUUUGCUCUUAUCUUGGAAGGAAAAUGCUCAAACGGAGGAGAAAAAAAAACUUUUACUGAAGAGAAAACUUCCUUAUCUCUGUGGAGGAACCGGAUCACUCAUCCAUUUCCACAUUUGGAGUCUGCCUGCAAAUCCAGACAUGUAUAUUCAAUCAGCGAGGACGUUCCUCUCCUGUUCCCCUUUGUUUCUAUGGGAAAGACUUGGGCUCAGCUUCAUUUCACGCUCAAUGACAUGUUUUGAUGUUUCUGGUUUUUGUCUUUGUAUCGCUGGAUUGUAUGGACAACUUAUUGUAUUGUUACUGUUGCACAGUAUAAAACAUCUAAAUAAAACAUUUUACACGUA